AUGGGGGAGAGGAGGAGAAGAGGGGGAAGAGGGGAAGUAGAUUGGGGAGAGGGGAGGCUAGGCUUUCAUGAAGAGAGAGAAGAGGUCCGGGUGCCAUCAAAGCUCACCCACCCCAUCAAGACCCUGAAGGAGGGAGUGAAGGAGGGAGUGAAGGAGGGAGCGAAGGAGGGAGCGAAGGAGGGAGUGAAGGAGGGAGUGAAGGAGGGAGUGAAGGAGGGAGUGAAGGAGGGAGUGAAGGAGGGAGUGAAGGAGGGAGUGAAGGAGGGAGUGAAGGAGGGAGUGAAGGAGGGAGUGAAGGAGGGAGUGAAGAAGGGAGUGAAGGAGGGAGUGAAGGAGGGAGUGAAGGAGGGAGUGAAGGAGGGAGUGAAGGAGGGAGUGAAGGAGGGAGUGAAGGAGGGAGUGAAGGAGGGAGUGAAGGAGGGAGUGAAGGAGGGAGUGAAGGAGGGAGUGAAGGAGGGAGUGAAGGAGGGAGAGGGAGUGAAGGAGGGAGUGAAGGAGGGAGUGAAGGAGGGAGUGCAGGAGGGAGUGAAGGAGGGAGUGAAGGAGGGAGUGAAGGAGGGAGUGAAGGAGGGAGUGAAGGAGGGAGUGAAGGAGGGAGUGAAGGAGGGAGUGAAGGAGGGAGUGAAGGAGGGAGUGAAGGAGGGAGUGAAGGAGGGAGUGAAGGAGGGAGUGAAGGAGGGAGUGAAGGAGGGAGUGAAGGAGGGAGUGCAGGAGGGAGUGAAGGAGGGAGUGAAGGAGGGAGUGAAGGAGGGAGUGAAGGAGGGAGUGAAGGAGGGAGUGAAGGAGGGAGUGAAGGAGGGAGUGAAGGAGGGAGUGAAGGAGGGAGUGAGCCAGAGUCGAGGGAAAGGCGGUAGCACCCAAGACCAGAAGCAGGCAAGGAGGAAGCACAAAAAGGUGUGGCAAUCCCUUUCUUACCUGCCGUGGCACUCCCUUACCUGCCGUGGCACUCCCUUACCUGCCGUGGCACUCCCUUACCUGCCGUGGCACUCCCUUACCUGCCGUGGCACUCCCUUACCUGCCGUGGCACUCCCUUACCUGCCGUGGCACUCCUUACCUGCCGUGGCACUCCCUUACCUGCCGUGGCACUCCCUUACCUGCCGUGGCACUCCCUUACCUGCUGUGGCACUGCCUUACCUGCCGUGGCACUCCCUUACCUGCCGUGGCACUCCCUUACCUGCUGUGGCACUCCCUUACCUGCCGUGGCACUCCCUUACCUGCCGUGGCACUCCCUUACCUGCCGUGGCACUCCCUUACCUGCCGUGGCACUCCCUUACCUGCCGUGGCACUCCCUUACCUGCCGUGGCACUCCCUUACCUGCCGUGGCACUCCCUUACCUGCCGUGGCACUCCCUUACCUGCCGUGGCACUCCCUUACCUGCCGUGGCACUCCCUUACCUGCCGUGGCACUCCCUUACCUGCCGUGGCACUCCCUUACCUGCCGUGGCACUCCCUUACCUGCCGUGGCACUCCCUUACCUGCCGUGGCACUCCCUUACCUGCCGUGGCACUCCCUUACCUGCCGUGGCACUCCCUUACCUGCCGUGGCACUCCCUUACCUGCCGUGGCACUCCCUUACCUGCCGUGGCACUCCCUUACCUGCCGUGGCACUCCCUUACCUGCCGUGGCACUCCCUUACCUGCCGUGGCACUCCCUUACCUGCCGUGGCACUCCCUUACCUGCCGUGGCACUCCCUUACCUGCCGUGGCACUCCCUUACCUGCCGUGGCACUCCCUUACCUGCCGUGGCACUCCCUUACCUGCCGUGGCACUCCCUUACCUGCCGUGGCACUCCCUUACCUGCCGUGGCACUCCCUUACCUGCCGUGGCACUCCCUUACCUGCCGUGGCACUCCCUUACCUGCCGUGGCACUCCCUUACCUGCCGUGGCACUCCCUUACCUGCCGUGGCACUCCCUUACCUGCCGUGGCACUCCCUUACCUGCCGUGGCACUCCCUUACCUGCCGUGGCACUCCCUUACCUGCCGUGGCACUCCCUUACCUGCCGUGGCACUCCCUUACCUGCCGUGGCACUCCCUUACCUGCCGUGGCACUCCCUUACCUGCCGUGGCACUCCCUUACCUGCCGUGGCACUCCCUUACCUGCCGUGGCACUCCCUUACCUGCCGUGGCACUCCCUUACCUGCCGUGGCACUCCCUUACCUGCCGUGGCACUCCCUUACCUGCCGUGGCACUCCCUUACCUGCCGUGGCACUCCCUUACCUGCCGUGGCACUCCCUUACCUGCCGUGGCACUCCCUUACCUGCCGUGGCACUCCCUUACCUGCCGUGGCACUCCCUUACCUGCCGUGGCACUCCCUUACCUGCCGUGGCACUCCCUUACCUGCCGUGGCACUCCCUUACCUGCCGUGGCACUCCCUUACCUGCCGUGGCACUCCCUUACCUGCCGUGGCACUCCCUUACCUGCCGUGGCACUCCCUUACCUGCCGUGGCACUCCCUUACCUGCCGUGGCACUCCCUUACCUGCCGUGGCACUCCCUUACCUGCCGUGGCACUCCCUUACCUGCCGUGGCACUCCCUUACCUGCCGUGGCACUCCCUUACCUGCCGUGGCACUCCCUUACCUGCCGUGGCACUCCCUUACCUGCCGUGGCACUCCCUUACCUGCUGUGGCACUCCCUUACCUGCCGUGGCACUCCCUUACCUGCUGUGGCACUCCCUUACCUGCCGUGGCACUCCCUUACCUGCCGUGGCACUCCCUUACCUGCCGUGGCACUCCCUUACCUGCCGUGGCACUCCCUUACCUGCCGUGGCACUCCCUUACCUGCCGUGGCACUCCCUUACCUGCCGUGGCACUCCCUUACCUGCCGUGGCACUCCCUUACCUGCCGUGGCACUCCCUUACCUGCCGUGGCACUCCCUUACCUGCCUACCUGCCUACCUGCCAUGAGUCCUAUCACUCCCUCACCUGCCACGUCUUGA